GCGGAGGUCUCUACUUGUCAGUCCGAGCCGCGUGCGUCUCUGUGGUCUGUGUCAGCGGCGGCGGCGGCGGCGGCUCGUCUCCGGUACCAUGGACGCCUUCAGCAGAGAGGAGCGCGCCCCGCCCUUCACCCUCGAGUACCGGGUCUUCUUCAAAAACGAAAAAGGACAGUACAUAUCUCCAUUUCAUGAUAUUCCAAUUUAUGCCAAGAAGGAUGUGUUCCACAUGGUAGUUGAAGUACCACGAUGGUCUAAUGCAAAAAUGGAGAUUGCUACAAAGGACCCUUUAAACCCAAUUAAACAAGAUGUGAAAAAAGGAAAACUCCGCUAUGUUGCAAAUUUGUUCCCUUAUAAAGGAUACAUCUGGAACUAUGGUGCCAUCCCUCAGACUUGGGAGGACCCGGGACACAAUGACGGACACACUGGCUGUUGUGGCGACAAUGACCCAAUUGAUGUGUGUGAAAUUGGAAGCAAGGUAUGUGCAAGAGGUGAGAUAAUCAGUGUGAAAGUUUUGGGCAUACUGGCUAUGAUUGACGAAGGGGAAACUGACUGGAAAGUCAUUGCCAUUAAUGUGGAUGACCCUGAUGCAGCCAAUUAUAAUGAUAUUAAUGAUGUCAAACGGCUGAAGCCUGGGUACCUAGAAGCUACUGUGGACUGGUUUAGAAGGUACAAGGUUCCUGAUGGAAAACCAGAGAACCAGUUCGCUUUCAAUGCAGAAUUUAAAGAUAAGGAUUUUGCAAUUGAUAUUAUUAAAAGCACCCAUGACCAUUGGAAAGCACUGAUAACUAAGAAAACCGAUGGAAAAGGAAUCAGUUGCAUGAAUACAACGGUGUCUGAGAGCCCCUUCAAGUGUGACCCCGAUGCUGCCAAAGCCAUUGUGGAUGCUUUACCACCACCUUGUGAAUCUGCCUGCACAAUACCAACAGACGUGGAUAAAUGGUUUCAUCACCAGAAAAACUAGUGAGAUCUCUCUGGAACACAAGCUGAUAGUGCUGCGUUCUUUUCCUCUGGAAGUAUUAGAUGCAAAGGUGGUAGCUUUUCCAAGCUUUAGGUUUAUAAAGCGAAUUCUGCUGUCACCAAUCCUAUAUAUUCAGAAUAUUGCCUGUUGAAAAACAUUUCUCAUAUCAACUAAGAUAACUUAAUACAUGCUUACAUAUCAAGAUGGUUGCUGUAACUUGGAAAACGUGGUAGUCAUUUGUGAAUAGAUGUCCAAGGUAAGCACAUAAAUAUGUAGACCAUGUGUUUGGAAAUAAAAUGAUUUUGCUGAAACUC